AUGUGUUGUGCCUAUAGGACGGUAUCCUUCCACGCGGCUAUGAUGAUUGCGGGGAUUAUUUCUCUCAAUCAUGUGGCACCCCGUCUGGCGGAGACGUAUGCAGCUGUUAAAGACGCGAAUGAACCUAUUCCCCCGCGUACUAAGGUUGUAUUGGGUGCUCUUGCCAGAAGGAGGGCAAUAGAAGCAUGGCAGGGUGAGGAACUUGAGCUCCUAGGGAUACCAGAAGCAACGGGAGAACGCACGCGGGCGGCUAUUCCCGAAUGGUUGGCUCAGUGGAUUGGGAGGCCGUUCUUUAUCGGAACGACAUUUCACAACACACAGCUGAUGACCAGCCAUGGCUGUUUUUCGGCGUACUUAUAUAAGAUAAAGAAGAUUCCCUCCCCACGUUGUUUCCACUGCGGGGGGAGUGAAGAUACGGCGGAGCACACCCUGGUCGACUGCCCUGCGUGGACGGAUGCCAGGAAUGAAUUGAUCAACGCGAUGGGAGUAGGGCAGCUAACCCUUCCCGUGAUAGUCAGGGUCUCCCUGACUGUCCCGGGAGGAUGGGCGGCCUUUCGGACCUUCGCCGGACGGGUCAUGCGUGCAAAAGAGGACGCUGAAAGGCGCAUAGAACGGACGCGAGAAGAAGGAUGUGUGAGUGAGCGUGCGGAGGUGUAUGGGAACGGGAGUGCGAACGAUAGACUGCAUAGGAGAGUAGCUCCAGUGGGGCCACCUCGGGCAAGGCUCCGAGCGGCUCAGGCGGUGCCUGGCCCAAGCAUCGCUUCCCUCUAG